UUUAUUUUACGUGCACAUUUAUUAAUAUGGACGGGAGAUAUCCCAGCAUUAAGCAAAAGCUUAAACUUAACUGGGCAUAACUCAUAUAAGGCCUGCCGCUUUUGUAUGAUAGAAGGAAUCUGUCAUCCAUCAAACCAUCACAUAUAUGAUGAUACUGUCAAUAUGGCUAAAUUAAUUGACAGUGAAACAAUUAAAAUUCAAAAAAAUAAUAUGAUAAAAGAAACAGGCAGGUAUAUUUUUAUUUUUAAAACCAAUUACAUUAAAUAA